UUCUAUAUAAUAGAGUUACGUCCCUUACAUCAACUUCCGGUAUUACGCCAGCUAUGGCUGCUGACGAUGAUACAGAUGUCUUUGAAAUUACAGAUUUUACAACUGCUUCAGACUGGGAAAGGUUUAUAGCACGGCUUGAAGAAAUUUUACAUGAAUGGAGAUUGGUUAAUUUACCAGCAUUGCCUCCUGUUGCAAAGGGGGAAUUCACAUCAGAGACAUGGGAAGAGCGAACAGAUGAACUUCAGUUUUCAGAUGUCAAGUUUGAUUUGACAUACCACUACUUAAAAUCAGCAGAGACAACCCUUGCUGAGAAAACACGUGAACAAGAAGAGCAAGAUGACACGAAAAAUGAAGAUGCCACUCCUACUGUAUUUGAAGACAUGAUGUCAAUGGACAAUGACUUCCCAUCACGUGCCCAUUGUCUUUGCAGAUGGUAUGGUCUUCGCAGCUUCAUUGUUCUCUCCCCAAAGUCUACUGCUGAUAUAAUUGAUAUUGAAAGUCGUGCCAAGCUGUUACUCAGUUCUGUAAACAUUGCUCUUGGAAACACCGGUUGCACUGUGCCCAUGUUUGUACAGAUACAGCAGAAAUGGCGUCGACUGUAUUUAGGUACAAGCGUGCUGCCUAAUGCAACCAUCGCAUUUGAUAUGGCUCAUUUGAAGAAAUUACCAAUGCAGUAUAAUCAUUUAGCAGGCUUAUUGGAUGUGUUUAAAUCUGAAUUAGGUCAUGCUAUUAACCCAUUACCUACAGUUGCUGUGUCAGUUCGUUUUACUUAUAUUCUUGAAGAAUGGACACAUUCUUUGUGGCCUCAGACUCCUCCAGAUUUUUCCAUCAUGGGAGAUGAAGAUGUUGGAUGUAAAGGUUUUGGGAUGCUACCAUUUGGUGCUUGUGAAGAUCCAGUCAAUGAGCUUCAUCUGUCUUGUACUUGGCCAUGUCUUUCAGAGAAUAUUAUUGUUGAAAAUCAGGUUUAUACGGAUCUUGACCCCCUCCAAGCCCCUCAAUGGUCAGUUCGAAUCACAAUGACUGAGGACCCACAGUGUUUGCUACAUGAUUACCUAGAAGAUUUCAUCUUUUUGUGUCACAACAAAAGUGCUAUGAAAGAAGUAUUUACACCAGAUGAUGAUCCUCUUGAUCCCUCAGCUGACAUUAGCCAAGCCCUACAUCGGUUAACGGAGCCUUCUGUGCCAACUCUUUCUUCUGUAAUGUCCCAAGCCACCAGCAAAGUGAAAGUAAAGACCAUAGAAUGUCCCAUUGGACAACCUCUCUUUAAUGAAAUUUUAUUUUUUCUCUUUCCUGAUGCCCGUCCUGACCAAGAUCCUGAUACCAUCAACCAACCUUCUGAAGAUUACUUUGAAGUUCCUCUUUCAAGAGUAGAGUUGAAACAGGAAAUGGCUAAACAGCUGAAGUCUGCACCCCUGGAUAGCCUCACUACACGAAUGGCCACAUGUUUGUGCCUCAUAAACCGGAAUCAUGGUGGUUGGAAAGCAGUGGCACAACUAUGGCAAGAAAUUGUGUUGGAGCUUCGCUAUCGUCUUGAUAACAAUUAUUUAAUCUCUGGGAUUGAAUGUGGACCUCCGAACAUGGGGAGCUGUAUUCUUCAUCAGAAAUUGCAGAUGCUAAAUUGCUGUAUCGAAAAAAGAAGGAAGCGAGAAAUGCAGUCACUGGAGAAUGCUCGAACAGGGAGUCCACAAAACUCAUCACCUCAUCAUAAUCGUCAUAGCAGUGGGGAAGAUAGUCCUUGGGAUUCUCCACGUCACAGUAUGUUAGCAGCAGAAAUGCACAGUCGGCUUUCACCAUUGAUGAAACAUAAUCUGAUGCGACCAGACUCUCGGACUUCAGCUAGUAUUGAUAGUUAUUCAGGAAGUGAUGAAGAAUUCUUUGACUGUGAUGAACACCAAAAAGAAGCUUCUAAGAAUGAAGACGUAGAGAUGGAAGAUGAGAGUGAGUCUGGUUUUCCCGCUGAUGUAGCAGGAGGCAAGAGUAAGGGGGAUGGCAAAGAUCUAGGUGGAGAGUCUUACGUUUCAACUGAACCUGAGGGUCGCUUGCGGGUAUUUGGCAAUGCUAAGCUUUCAAACAUGAAUGAACAGCUGUAUAUUCCUGUGACACAAGAACCUGCCCCCAUGACUGAAGACAUGCUUGAAGAACAUGCAGAAGUUCUUGCCAGACUGGGUUCAUCAGCUGAAGGGUCCCAACUAAGAGCUAGGAUGCAGAGUGCUUGUCUACUAUCUGAUAUGGAAUCUUUUAAGGCUGCAAACCCAGGAUGUAUGUUAGAAGACUUUGUCCGAUGGUAUUCACCUCGUGAUUGGAUUGAUGAACAAGUUGAUGAGAAUGGUGCUGUUGUUGUUAAAGGGCAGUUGAGUCAAAGAAUGAAGAUUCCUGGGAAUAUGUGGUCAGAAGUUUGGCAAGGGGCUCGUCCUGUACCUGCACAUAGACAAAAACGACUUUUUGAUGAUACUAAAGAAGCAGAGAAGGUGCUUCAUUUCUUGAUGUCUCUGAAACCACCUCAGCUUGUUGAAUACCUGUUACCAGUACUUUCACAUACUGCCAUCCUGAAAAUUAUUCAAGAAGAAGACCAAGAGUUUCCCAAAUUGAAGCAACUUCUUGACCAAAUUAUUUCCAAAGCUGCAAAAGUAACCCGUUCAACCUCUCCUGGGGUACGGAAAUAUGAGGAUCUGAUCCAAAUGAUCUCAUUAGCUGAAACAGUGAUUGCCCGUGCCAAGUCCCUGAAAAACAAAUUCACAAAAGACUUGCUUGAACAGAAAGAAGCUGAAGAAGAACUCACUCUCUUUGUGUCUAGCCUUUUGCAACAAUCAGAAGUUAUUGUGCGUGGAGGUCCGUAUGGACCUGCUGGUUCUGUAAUACACAAAUUAUUUGUUGCUGCUCAAAAGGCAGCCCAUCUUAUUUUAGAAGAUGAAUCAUCUGAAGACCAACCAAAUGGCAAUGCUGAAGCUGAGAAGUACAAACCUCCAAGUACAGUGCCUGACUUUCCUGAACCAAGUGGGAGGGAAUACAUCCUCCGUACCAUAGUUCCUCGGCCUGCUCCCUAUUCUCGACCUCUUCCUCAGAGGAUGUACUGUGUAUUGGUGGAUGGAGAUUAUCGUUUAGCUGGUGCUUACACCUCUGAUACACUUUUUGAAUGAACACCAUCUCAAUCUCUUUAAAAAAAUAUUAAAAAAAAUAAAAGAAAAAAAAAGAAAGGGAGGAAAAACAAAUGAAAAUCUUGUCACAAAUUCUUCCUUUUGUUGAUAUCUUACUUUAAAAUGAAAGCAAAUAAUUAUUAAAUGAAGCAAGAUCUUCCUUUUGUUAAAGAUGAUAGCAACAUAUUAUUUCUACAGCUCAAUGUUAGAUACAAAAAGUGCUCCUCCCUCUAUUCUCCCACUUCAUUCUGUGAUUAUUUUCAAACCCAACUGAGAAUGUAAAAGAACAUUUUUAUUUUGAUAAAUACCUUUUUCUUUUUUUUGCUAAAAUUGAUUUUUUGACACAACCACAUAUUUUUUUAAAUGCUCUGAUAUACAUUCUUGUUAGUGCUAAAGAGAUUUAUGCAUACACUUGCAUACACACACACAUACACACAAAAUUUACAUGUAUGUAGGUCAAUGAGUUUAAGCCUUGCUAUAGACUACAGAUAUUGGUGUCAUGUUCUUUGAAAAGAUAUACAAGUCUAUUUGCUUUAGUUUGCUUGAAUCUUCCUUGUCUUUCUCUGCCUACCUAUCUAUUUACUACAUAAAGGCAGGUUCUACUUCAUUGUAUUAAAAAUGGUAACAAAUUGUAAUAAUUGCUUCAAUAAAAGUCCCUCCCCCACACUUUUGCUAGCAUUGCAAAAUAAAAAAAAAUGUUAUAUAGAAAGCUAACACAUAAACACAUAUUGGCAUGUGUUUAUGUGGGAGUUUACACACACAUAAAUGUGUGUAUAUAUAUAUAUAUAUAUAUAUAUAUAUAUAUAUACACACACAUUUUUGGAGGUUAAACAAAUGACUGGAAAACUUGUCAACUAAUUAAACAGUCAUAUUUCCUAACAGUGUACAUCAUUAGUAUGUCAGUUGGAUGUAAAGCACUUCCUACACUAGGAGAUAAUAGAAUUGUUUACAGACUCUCCGCUUGUCACCUUAAAUAUACCUUAUGGAAAAGGCUGUAUCUUAACUACACAGGUAUUUGUGUGUAUACAUAUAUAUGUAAUAGAUGAUGUUUUUUGAUGUAUAAAUGAUGAGUAGUGUUGAGUGCAAGUAUUAGAGUUUAUAUAGGUUUUAAGGUUGCUGAUUUCCAGUGUAGCAUUUAGAUUCUGACUGAGACCUAGUUUCAGUUUAUGGUUGUUGUCUCAGCUGUCAUUAAUGCUGUUGAAUAAGAUACUGAUAUCACAGUGUCUCAUUGUUAUUCUCCCUCUGUAUAAGUGCUAUUGAGGAUUUGCAAUCAGUGUAACAAAUCAAUAUUAUUGCUGUUUUUUGUUAUUGAAAUGUAUGGAAGUUUUACUCAAAGUCAUAUUGCUCAUUAAUCUUUCUAUCUCUCUCUAUAUAUAUAUGUGCAUUUUUGUAUGUGCAUGCAUACAUACACUCAGACACAUUUUUUAUAAAACUGAAGCUGAGAGCUUGUCUCGCGCCCUGAGUUUUAUACUACUGUGCUCUUCAGAUGAAACAUUGAAAAUCAUAGUAGUGUAUUGAGCACUCCUUUCUCAUUUAUCUGACAUUAAGCAAUGUGUGUGUGUGUGUGUAUAUAUAUAUAGAGAGAGAGAGAGAAAGAGAGAGAUGCAUACACACAUGUAUCUCAAAUAUAGAAUGCCCUUGCAAAGUGGAGUAUGGUUCUAUGCUUGAAGCUUCCAAGAUGUGAACAUGAAUCAUAUAUCUUAUAUGAAUUAUAUGUUGUGUUGUGGCUCUAUGCUAUGAAGCUGAGUUUAAUUCUAUCAGACUUCACUUCUGUUGCAAUGCUAGAAGGGGAGCCAGAAAACUAUGUGGCAAACAAAUGUUAUACAGAUACAUGAAUAGUAUCUGUACUGUUGUCUGUUUUAUCUAUUCAUAAAGAAAAUAGUCCUGUUUUUGAAUGUCUGCUCAAUUAUCUGCUCAAUUUAGAUUUAAAAUAAGAGCAAAUGCUUGCUCAAUUUGUUUAUAACAACAUAAUAUUGCUCAACUUUGAUACUAAUUAAUAAUUAUCCACCUAUGAUAUUAAUAGUGUAUUGGU